UUCUUCCCCUAUCACCCAAAUUACUCUCUUUUUGUUGCUUUUGUAGGCUACUUCUCCCCUUUACGCUCUCUUCAAUCUCAUCGCCAGCAACCCUCCUCCGAAUUCCCAAUUCUUGAUUUACUCCGAUUACGGGAGUUGAUUGAUUCCUGGUCGAUUCAAACGUAUAAAUACCCCAAAACCCAUUAUUUUUGCUGUUGUACACAAGUCCUGUAAUCUUUUCUAUCUAAUUCGUUUUGCGAGGGAUGGACGAGUAUUUGAGCAGCGAUGACGAUUAUCAUUACUCCGAUCAGGGCUCCGUCGAAGGUUUCGAAAACGACGAGCCCGAUAUUCAGUUGGUUACUCCCAAGGGCCCCACAACUCUGGUGAUUACAAGGGAAUCACUUCUAGCUGCGCAGAAAGAAGAUUUGCGUCUGGUAAUGGAAAUGCUAUCAUUAAGAGAGCACCAUGCACGUACUCUGCUUAUUUAUCAUCGUUGGGAUGUGGAGAGGUUGUUUGCAGUGUAUGUAGACAAGGGAAAAACUGCCUUGUUUGCUGAAGCUGGUGUUAGUGUGGAUGAACAGUGUGAUCCUGACUCAUCAGUUCCUUCUUCAGUCACAUGCGAAAUCUGCAUAGAGGAUGUUCCCAGUCAUGAAGCGACAAGAAUGGACUGUGGGCACUGUUUUUGCAACAGCUGUUGGACAUCACACUUUAUUGUCAAGAUAAAUGAGGGUCAAAGUAGACGUAUAAGGUGCAUGGCACACAAAUGUAAUGCUAUUUGUGAUGAAGCUGUUGUGAGAAAUCUAGUCAGUAAAGAGAACCCUGAUAUGGCAGAGAAAUUUGAUCGCUUUCUUCUUGAAUCCUACAUUGAAGACAAUAAAAGAGUCAAAUGGUGUCCCAGCAUCCCUCAUUGUGGGAAUGCAAUACGUGUUGAAGAUGACGAAUUAUGUGAGGUAGAAUGUUCAUGUGGUCUACAGUUCUGUUUUAGUUGCUUGUCAGAGACGCAUUCCCCAUGUUCUUGUUUGAUGUGGGAGCUCUGGGCUAAGAAGUGUCGAGAUGAAUCAGAAACAGUUAAUUGGAUAGCAGUUCAUACGAAACCUUGUCCAAAAUGCCACAAGCCGGUGGAGAAGAAUGGCGGUUGCAACCUGGUUAGCUGCAUCUGUGGUCAAGCAUUUUGUUGGCUCUGUGGUGGAGCUACUGGGCGAGAACAUACUUGGUCAAGUAUAGCUGGUCAUAGCUGUGGUCGCUACAAACAGCUAGAGAAAACAGCUGAACGGGCGAAGCGAGAUCUGUAUCGAUACAUGCAUUAUCAUAAUCGCUAUAAAGCUCACACAGAUUCCUUUAAACUUGAAAGUAAAUUGAAAGAGACUAUACAGGACAAGGUUGCUAUUUCAGAGGAGAGGGAUUCUACGCUCAGGGAUUUUAGUUGGGUGAAUAAUGGACUUUCCAGACUUUUCAGAUCUAGGCGUGUCCUAUCAUAUUCAUAUCCAUUUGCAUUUUAUAUGUUUGGAGAUGAGCUAUUUAAGGAUGAAAUGUCAGAAGAGGCGGAAAUAAAACAGCACUUAUUUGAGGAUCAGCAGCAACAGCUUGAGGCUAAUGUUGAGAAGCUUUCCAAAAUUCUGGAGGAACCAUUUGACCAGUUUACAGAUGAUAAAGUUAUGGAGAUAAGGAUUCAAGUCAUUACCCUGUCAACCAUUAUUGACAAUCUCUGCCAGAAAAUGUAUGAGUGCAUUGAGAAUGAUUUAUUGGGUUCUCUUCAGUUGGGCACUCACAGUAUUGCUCCGUACAAGUCCAAGGGCAUAGAGAGGGCAUCAGAACUUUCAACUUGUUGGAACUAUAAAGCCAAUAAUGCUGGUGGAACAGCAGAACUUGAUCGGCCCUCUGGGUCUGGGAGUUCAGAUGAUAGCGGAUGUCCUUCUCACAAGCGUGCUAGGAAAGAAGGUGCUGGUGGUGUCCUUUUUGAUCUAAACUUGCCAGCGGAGGUUGUAGACAGAAAUUGACUCUGAAGGAGACCUUAUAUAAAUACAAGUGUACAGGUCUAACAAAUUGCUUGUCUUUGAUGGAAUCAAUCAUUUUGAAUAUCCUGCAACUAGCUUACCCUGCUUUAUAUCUUACUUUUGGGUAUUUCUUUGUUGAGAUAUAUUGAGAAAAAAAAUUCAAAAUUAUUUAUUCCUAUCUCUUAUAUUGGUGCCAAAUCUUAGCGUUGUAUAUAUGACCUUUUGGACACAUAUGGCUAAUAGAAACGUAAACCUUCUACUUGUGACUGACU